UUUCAAUUGUCUUCUUCCGGAUUUGUAUUAGAUUGCAUGUCCGAUUGCACCCAUUGCCAUGGCCGCAGAAAUGGACACGUAAAACAUUGCUAGCCUUUCUGGGGUCUCCGCUUAUUCCAAUUUCCAACUCAAACUACCAUUCUAUCUUCCCGGUUUCUCUCAGCUGCAUUCCAAGUUCUCCCUAUGUCAAUUCCUUUCUUACAAUUCAAAAUCCCCCAAAUCUUUGGAACGUGGGUAUUUUUUGGCCUCAGAUGUUGAGCCCCCAUUUUCAUUUUCAUUCCCUUCCUUUCAGUCUUGACUUGAUUUUUGUGUUCUAAGCUUCUAAUUUGGGCUUAGAAGUUUUGGGUUUGUCUUUAAAUUAGCAAAUGUUUCUCACUGUAUUCAAAUUGGGUGUAUUGGAUUUAUGAGUUUUGGUAGUAUGUUGGAGCCGGUCAGUUGUUGCCAGAGCUCCCAGUCCCAGAUUUAUAGUGCAGUUAAACAAAAGAAUCCUUUCAGGGCCUACUCUCAUACCGUUCAUCAACUUUGUGGACCUUCCUUCAACUUACAUUAUUCACACUCGAAGAAAGUGGCUGUUCCAUCAUGCACUUUUAAUCACUGGAGGAAUGAUUAUUCUUUGGUCCCUGUACUUUUUCACAAUGGUGCUACUACAUUAACGUUCAAAGUAGUUGGACAGAAUGGGUACAAUUGGUCUAAUCGUAGGCCAAAACAGAGAGAAAGACUUAGAACACGUGCAGCUCUUGAUGUUGCAGCUGCUGUUGACGUCAUCAAUGAUUUAGGAUUGGAUACAUUGACAUUCCUAGCUGUGACUGUCGUAGUUGUCCCUUUAUUUAGGAAAGUUAAGGCUAGCCCUAUACUUGGUUUCUUCUUUGCUGGGAUUGUACUUAAUCAAUUUGGCGUGAUUAGAAAUAUUGUAGACGUUAAAGUUUUAUCCGAAUGGGGAAUACUUUUCCUGCUAUUUGAGAUGGGUUUGGAGCUUUCAUUCGCACGUUUAAAGGCUCUUGCAAGGUUUGCUUUUGGCAUGGGAUUGACUCAGGUCAUAUUGUCUACUAUCGCUUUCACAGCAUUUGAACUUCCCACAAAUGGGGCUGUUGGAACAAAAAUUUUGGAGUUCCUUUUUCACGCCAGGUCUGACUUGGUUAACAUUAGAAGCGUUGAUGAAGCUAUUGUUAUUGGUGCUGCCCUUUCUCUAUCUUCUUCAGCUUUUGUUUUACAGCUUCUUGCAGAAAAAGGAGAGCUCGCGACAAGAUUUGGCUCAGCAACUCUAGGAAUACUUCUUCUGCAGGAUAUUGCUGUUGUCCCUCUCCUGGUCAUACUUCCAGUUCUUGAGAGCCAGAAUUUGGGCACAGAAAGUAUCUGGCCAAUGCUCGCUCAAGAAAGUUUGAAGGCUUUAGGUGGACUGGGUCUGCUGUCUCUUGGUGGAAAGUUGAUUCUUAGGCGAGUUUUUGAGGUUGUUGCAGAAGCAAGAAGCUCAGAGGCUUUCGUUGCCCUUUGCCUGCUAACAGUUGCUGGCACUUCACUAAUCACUCAGAAAUUGGGCUUUAGUGAUACGCUGGGAGCAUUUUUGGCUGGGGCAAUAUUAGCAGAAACUAAUUUCCGAACACAGAUUGAAGCAGAUAUUCGGCCAUUUAGGGGCUUGCUCCUUGGGUUAUUCUUUGUUACCACAGGGACCUCCAUUGAUAUGCAGCUCUUGUUCCGAGAAUGGCCAAAUGUUCUUGCACUUUUGGCAGGUUUAAUAGCAAUCAAGACCCUUAUAAUAACAGCAAUAGGUCCACGCGUGGGCCUCACUACUCAAGAAAGUGUAAGAAUAGGCUUCCUUCUAUCUCAAGGAGGCGAGUUCGGAUUUGUAGUGUUUUCACUGGCUAACAGGCUUGGAGUGUUACCACUCGAGUUAAACAAACUGCUCAUCAUUAUUGUUGUCUUGUCAAUGGCUCUAACUCCCUUGCUUAAUGAAGCUGGACGAAAGGCAUCUGAAUUCAUCAGCGAAAAGUACAAGACAGAGGAUAAAGCUGCAGAUACGGUGAACUUUGACGCUACUGAACCUGUUGUCAUUGUUGGAUUUGGACAAAUGGGUCAGGUUCUGGCAAAUUUCUUAUCUACACCUUUGGCAUCUGGGAUAGAUGGCAAUACUCCUGGAUGGCCAUAUGUAGCAUUUGACAUUGAUCUUUCCGUAGUGAAGACGUCUAGAAAGCUUGGUUUUCCUGUUCUCUAUGGAGAUGGAUCACGACCAGCAGUUUUGCAAUCUGCAGGAAUCUCUUCACCAAAAGCUGUCAUGGUUAUGUUCACGGAGAAGAAGGCAACAAUCGAUGCUGUUCAAAAGCUCCGGCUUGCGUUCCCAGCUAUUCCAAUUUAUGCCCGAGCUAAGGAUGUUGUGCAUCUAUUAGAUUUAAAGACCGCAGGUGCAACGGAUGCUAUUUUGGAAGAUGCUGAGACUAGUUUACAACUUGGAUCAAAGCUUUUGAAAGGGCUUGGAGUCAUGUCAGACCAAGUGUCUUUCCUCAGUCAAAUGGUUCGAAACUCUAUGGAAAUACAAGCUCAAGAUGCACUCGACAAAUCCAAUGAACAAGAGUUAGAGAUUAUGAAACCGCUGCAGAUACGCGUCAAGGACUCAAUCGAGUCCCCUGAGAGCGAACUGUCGAGACUGAACCGGGAAGAUAAAACUCAAAUCUUAAAUGGAAAAGAGGUAGAUCAAAUGAAGCAAGGUACUGUUUUCCAGAAGCCUGAAGAUUUAGACGGAAAUGGAGUGUUAUACUGUGAACUUGAUACAGAGAACAACCUUUUUGAGCAAAAUGUGGUAGAGCCUCCAACCCACAUAACAGCCACCGAUGGUCUAGAGAAGUGAAAAGUGAAAAGUGUUGUUGAAAGAUUCUCUUGUGUUCCAAAAGUUUUUGUGUCUGUUCUCAAGAAUUUUUCUUUCCCCAACUUUUGACUUGGUGCAGUGAAGUGUUUAGUGGGCAUAAAAUUUGGAUACUAUUGUAAAGAAACUUGUCAGUAAAACCUUUUCUUUUUCUUUUUCCCCAUAGAAACCACACCAUGUAUAUUGCUUCAUUUGAUAAACAUUCAAUUAUUUGUCAUUA